GUUGGCCUGAUAGCGUUCUGUUGCAUUAAAAGACUGCUCAAGCACCGAGAUCAGAAAGACAUGGACGAAAGCGCCGAAAAGCCCGCAAGAGGGUACGUUCCGGUACCUCAAGAUUCCCAAAAUAAGAAUGGCUCACUCGUCACUAGCGACGUCUACCCCAUUUCACCUAUGUACUACGAUCAUCCCCUUGAUCACCACGUCGUUGGUCGUGGUCCGCCGGGUGAAGGUCGUCAAGGUGGUACUCCGGAUUCGGCGGCCGGGCCUCAUGAUCUUGCUCAUCGGCCAACCCAGAGACCAUUCCCUAUCACGAUACCGCAAGGGGACAAUGCGUCCGAACCAAGUAUAAUCACCUCGCGCUCCACGUCUACCUCCGCCGCUCUCCUCGACCGUGUGAAAGACCAUUACUCCGAGCGGCUGAUCGAGCCCGGCAGCAAAGUAUGUGCACUCUGGGGAUAUACACCGCAUCUUGCAGACGAGAUGUACCUCGUUCGAGGUGACACGAUCACGAUCACCGCUAUCUGGCAUGAUGGCUGGGCUACUGGGAUCAAGACGAGCCGCGGUGAGGGAAAGCGGGCGAGUGCUUGGAGCGCUACGACAGCGGGCGGAGCAGAUAACACUCGUGCCUUUCCUAUGGUUUGUGUAUGUCAUGCAGCGGAGUACGAUGGGAUCCUCGUGAAAGAUGAGGCUUCUGGCGGUACGUCGCGCAGAGUUUCUCCUUCCGUGACUGCCACCGCUACACCUGUCCGGCCUGCGAAAGCGAUUCUGAUGAGUGCGACACAUACGUUCGGCAACCCAACACGAGAUCAUCACGCGAUGAGUCGAUCAUCGCCUCAGCCAGCCGCCCUCACUCGCACGCUAACGAUUGAUACUUUGCCGGAGAGGAGGAGUGGUGAGAGCAGGUUUCGGGAGGUGUUUUCGAAGAGCUCGAGCGAGGGAUCACCAUUGCAUGGUGAGGCAUAUUGAUUUAGGCGUGCGAAGGUGUUAUCAUCCAUAAGGUGAUAUACAGCAAGUUUAUUUCAGUUGGCUCAGGCAGGGACAAUGGCGUUUGUUUUUUCCAAUGUUUUUAUUAUUUUGAUGAUU